CGGCACACGGAAGAACUAGAUUAGGGGUCAAAGUGAUCACCAUGCUCUUAAAUAUGUCAAUCGCUUCUCCCGCUUUUGGGUUCUCGGUUUUGUAGUGUUUUGGUGUGGAGGUUUCUGCCACCAUCAUGAUCACAACUUCACUUCUUUCCGUCGCAUUUGCGGCACUGACCCUUUUCUCCCCUGCGACUAAUGCCCGCGCCAUCGAAGCAGUCGAGAAACGUCAAGAUGCUGCAUCCCACUGGAUCGACACCUGGGUCAGCAUGCCUCAGCUCGUGGAGCAGAACAACAUGCCUCCAUCUCAAUUCAGUUCUGGCUCCGUCAUGCGCGACGCAACCCUCCGCCAAACCCUGCAAAUGUCCAUCGGCGCGCCCAAGAUCAAAAUCAUCAUCUCCAAUACCUUCGGCGGCUCAGACCUUCCCAUAACCGAGGGCUCUGUCGCGCUCCCCGCGGGAGGUACCGCCGGUGUGUCUGGCAUUCAGGCUUCGCCCAUUGCAGCUAUCACCGUGGGCGGAAAAGCUAGCUUCACGGUGCCGAGGGGUCAGGUCGUGGAGAGCGAUGAGAUUAAUUUCGAGGUCAAGCCGCAGAGCAUGCUUACCGUGAGUUUGUAUAGCCAGCAGGGGCAGAGUGGAAGUAGUAUCACGGGGCACCCGGGGAGUCGGACGACGAGCUGGUUCGUGAGCGGGAACAAGGUCAAUGCUACGACGAUCAGCGGGUCGAGUAGUGUGCACUGGUACUUCGUCUCCGCCGUGCAAGCCUACGUACCGACCACGCACCGCGGCCUCGUCAUCCUGGGCGACUCCAUAACCGACGGCCGUGGCAGCGACGAUAACAAGAACAACCGCUGGCCCGACCUCCUGCUCGCGCGCAUGCAAACUAACAACCACAGCGACGUCGCCGUGCUCAACCAAGCCGCGGGCGGCAAUUGCGUGCUCUCGCAGUGUCUCGGCCCCUCGCUCGUCUCGCGCUACAAGCGCGACGGCCUGGAGCAGCCCGGCGUAAAGUACCUCAUGAUCUUCGAAGGCGUCAACGACAUCGGGAACGGCAACGGCGGGAGCACAGCCGACCAGCUGAUCUCUGCGUUCAAGCAGAUUGCGGCGGAUGCGAAGAAAGCCGGGAUGACGACGAUAGGCGCUACGAUCACACCGCUGGGGACGAGCUAUUAUAAUGCGGCGAGGGAGCAGGCAAGGCUGAAGGUGAAUACGUGGAUUAUGCAGCAGGGCAAUUUUGAUGUUGCGGUGGAUUUUGCGGGCGUCGUGGCGAAUGCUGGGAAUAAGGCGCAGAUGGAUAGUAAGUAUAAUAGCGGGGACGGGCUGCAUCCGAAUGUGGCGGGGUAUACAGCGAUGGCGGCUGCGUUUCCGCUGGAGGUGUUCAAUUCGUGAGGGCUGGGGAAGAAGAGGUGGUUAUGGUUGCGGGAGCAAGGUUAGAUAGAAAGGACGACGUGACCGGAGAUGACUGAGGGAACGAGACGCAAUAUGUAUAUAGGCAGUAGCACCAGAAGCAAGCAUCCGUACAUAGGAACGAAAUCGAGCAUUCAAGAAAUGAGACCGACUAGAGAAAGGACCGCAUCGCGAU